CUAUACUUUGUCUGUGCCAGAAACCUCUGACUGUAUGUAUCUAUGUGUAUAUAUACAGUAUAAAUAGAGUCAUUCACUCAUUUGAACUGAUCAUACGCCCUCGUUUAUAAAAUAGUGUAUUCGCGUUUUGUUUCUGAGUUAGGAUUUAGAUUUAGUUAAUUUUUAAAUUCGAAUCGGAUAAAGUUUCGUUUGAUUUCGCAGUGUAAUGAUGUUCAUCUAAUUUGUGCAUAUAUUCGAAUAUAUACACAUCAGCGUGAUAAACAGUAAGGAUGCUGAAUUUUACUUUUGUUAAAUGAUUUUUACCUUUUACACGAAAGCCAAAUUUAAUCGAAGCUCGAUAAACAAAUUAAGAUACUUAAAGAUGCUGUAUAUUUACAGGACACUUAAUAAUAUAUCAAACGAAUUGAAGAACGUGUAGCAAUGUAUCGUAUACAAAUAAUUUUAACAUACGUCCUCGUCGUUUCGAACAAUGUAUUUUCACAAGAUACGUUAUACGGAGAGAUAUUAUAUCAAUGUCCGCAACAUUGGAUAAAAUCUCAAGAAUCGUGUUAUCGUUUUAUAAAGAGUCCCAUCAGAGAAAGGGAAGAAGCUAGAAAGAAUUGUCAGGCUUAUCAAAGCGAUCUUGUCACGAUUAAUUCCUUGGAGGAACAUGGAUUUCUAUUGUAUCAAUUAUUAUGGCAAGAUCCUCAACAUCGUAAAUGGUACACUGGUAUAAAAUAUCAGAAUGGAAACUGGAUAAACGAAGGCGAUAAUACUCAGUUAAUAAGUAUGGACAAUGCAUUUUUGCCCGAACCGAAUGAUAAUACAAUUGGUAGAGAUUAUCUGGUAUAUUCCUAUCAUUACAACUUACAACGUUGGGGAUUAGAAAGAGUAACUGGCAGAGACAAAUUGUUAUACGUUUGCGAAGCCCCAAUUUCUACUUUGCACAACUUGCUAGAAGAUGAUCGUACUUAUCAGUAUGGCAUUGAAAUUGAUAAUCCCAGUCAAAUUCCUAGAGGGCCGUAUUUUAUUAAGCAACCUGUGGAUAAAGUGUUCGAUGUAUCAAAAAGGAAAAUAAGUAACGAUGUUACGCUGAGCUGUUAUGCGGGUGGUUAUCCUGCGCCAAUGUACGAGUGGUUUCAGGAAGAUUAUGAAAACGAUAGAUUAAUCGCAACGAAAAUAGAUCCGUUACAAAAUAUUAGAUAUACCGUAAGCGGUGGCACUUUAAUUAUUUAUGAACCUGACCAGACAGAAGAUAGAGGUUCAUACCAUUGUAAAGUGACAAAUAAGUUUGGUACAAUUAUAUCCGAAAGUGUAGAAUUGUCAUUCGGGUACAUAUUGGAAUUUAAUUUAAAACGUUCGGAAGAGCGUGGAGAUCAAAAUUGGGGUAAAGCUGUAUAUUGCGAUCCGCCGCAACAUUUUCCCGGAGUAAAAUAUUAUUGGGCACGUGACUAUUUCCCUAAUUUCGUCGAGGAAGAUAAACGUGUCUUUGUUUCCUAUGAUGGAGCACUUUAUUUUUCCGCAUUGGAAAUGAUCGAUCGUGGAAAUUAUUCUUGUAAUGUUCAAAGUGUUGCUUCCGAUACUGGUCGUAACGGACCGUUCUUUCCAUUGAGGGUCGAUCCACAUUCUUCAUUUCAACAAUUAAAGUUUCCAAACAAUUUUCCGAAAGCAUUCCCAGAGGCUCCAAUUGCCGGAGAGGAAGUGAGACUUGAAUGCAUUGCAUUUGGAUAUCCUGUUCCAUCGUAUAAUUGGACAAGAAGAGGCGGGUUGUUACCGCGUGAAGCAUAUGUAACUAGUUAUAAUCGAGUAUUAAUAAUACCAAAAGUACAUGUUGAUGAUCAAGGAGAGUAUGUCUGUAGAGUUCACAAUGAUAGAUUAUCAAUUGAAAACUCCGUAAGGUUAACUAUACAAGCAGCUCCCAAUUUUACCAUUCCAUUAGUGGAUAAACACAUGGAUAACAGAGGCGAGUUGACUUGGACUUGCGAAGCAUUUGGAAUACCAGACGUAACUUAUAGUUGGUUUAAAAAUGGUGAAUUAUUGGAUAUGGAAACUCUUCCUCCAGACUAUAGGGAUCGAUAUUUUAUACAAGACAAUGUUUUAAGUAUAAAAUAUUUGGAUCCGGAGAAAGAUCCAGCUAUGUAUCAAUGUCGUGCAAAAAAUCAAUUGAAAACAAAAUACUCGUCUGCGCAACUUAGAGUUUUAUCGUUAAGACCAUCGUUUAAGAAACGACCCAUGGAACCUGAAACUUAUGCGGCAGAAAAAGGAAAUGUUACGAUUGUUUGUAAUCCUGAGGCUGCACCCAGACCAAAAUUUAUCUGGAAAAAAGAUGGAAAUGUAAUUGGUUCUGGUGGCAGACGAAGAAUUUUAGAAAUUGGUAAUCUUAUAAUUAGUCCUGUUUCCAGAGACGACGAAGGUACUUAUGUUUGCACCGCAACAAAUCAAUAUGGUUCUGAUGAAACUCGCGGACGGCUGAUUGUUCUACAUGGCCCACAAUUUAUGGAAAGAUUGCCGCAACGCGUUACUUCGGCGGUAAUGCAAAAUCUAACUUUGCGGUGUAUGGGGGAAAUAGAUGAAAUGCUAGAUGUUGCGUAUAUUUGGAAGCACAAUGGUUUACAUAUUACAGAUGUAAAUGUAAUGAAUAAUCCCAGAUUGCACAUCGACGGCGAAGAACUUAACAUAAUAAAUGCUACGUUCGCAGAAGCAGGAGAGUAUGAAUGCAUAAUUAAAAGUGCUGUAGGUGAAAUUUCUAGUAAAACAAUAGUCACGAUACAAGGUCCACCAGGACCGCCUGGAGGUGUACAAGUUAUAAAUAUUAUAAAAACUUCUACAACUUUACGUUGGACCGAUGGUGCUUUUAAUGGUAAACCCAUUACAAUGUAUACUGUAAGCGCAAGGACUAAUUGGAAUCAUACGUGGUUUAAUAUCAUAGAAAAUAUCACUGCCAUUGAAGUGGAUAGAUAUAAUGGCAGGAAGGAAGCUUAUUUAGAGAAUGUUCUAAAUCCUUACACCACUUAUGCAUUUUGUGUAUCUGCAUUCAACGAAUUGGGAUAUAGUCUACCUUCGUCACCUUCCCCGCAAUAUAGUACUCCAUCAGACAUGCCAACUAAAAUUCCAACCAACAUAGGAGGAGGAGGAGGAAAGAUCGGAGAUCUUACUAUUACAUGGGAUCCUUUACCAGCCUCUGAUCAAAACGGGCCAGGAAUUUACUACAACAUAUUUUGGCGUCGAAAAUAUCACGAAACGGAAUUUCAAUCAUUAUCUUUGAAGGAGUAUGGUAAUGUUGGCAGAAGCGUUGUACAAAUACCGCAGCAAUAUUACUAUACAGAAUACGAAGUUAAAGUCCAAGCAGCUAACGCGUUAGGUUCUGGGCCAAUUUCCGACGCAGUUACAGUAUUUAGUGCGGAAGACAUGCCGCAAGUAGCUCCGCAACAAGUUGUUGCUCAUAGUUAUAACAGCACGAGUUUGAAAGUUAGUUGGGCGCCAAUCGAACAAAGUCGCGAAAGGAUAAGAGGCAAGCUAAUUGGCCAUAGAAUAAAAUACUGGAAAGAAAGUAAUCGAGAAGAAGAUUCAGUGUAUUAUUUAUCUCGAACUACAAGACCUUGGGCUCUUGUUGUUGGUCUCCAGCCAGAUACUUACUACUAUGUUAAAGUAAUGGCGUACAAUACUGCUGGAGAGGGGCCUGAAAGCGAACGAUAUCUGGAGAGAACUUACCGAAAGGCACCUCAGAAACCACCGUCUUCUGUUCAUGUGUAUGGUGUGAAUCCUUCAACGGUCAGAGUUGUGUGGCGUUACGUACAACCGAGUUUAGAAGAAGAACCAUUGAUCGGGUACAAAAUACGUAUCUGGGAAUUGGAUCAAGAUAUGAGCACCGCGAAUGAUACUAUCAUACCAAGUGGUUCAAAAUUAGAAGCUGACAUUUCUAAUCUCAGUCCUGGUAAGGCAUAUCAUUUGCGUGUACUCGCAUUUAGCAAUGGCGGAGAUGGGCGCAUGUCGAGUCCAACUUAUACAUUCCAAAUGGGCGAUGCUGCAGCUUUUAGGAGCAGCGCAAGUAAUAAAAUUUUAGAUGCUGCUUUGGGUAUAUGUUUAUUAUUACUAUUACGCGUUUACGAAUGCGUAUAAUAUACUUAUACUUUUCCAAUAAUACGUAUAUUUAGGAGAUGUACAGCAACAAAUUUUCAAAUAAGCAGUUUAUCGAUCACUUUUAUGUGGAUAAAAAACUGCAUUUCGAUAACAUUCUAUUACGGUUUUACUAAUGACUUAUUAACGACAUCUAAUGAAAUUUAUAGUGGCAUUUAGUUAUAUCUCUGAUAACAAAAUUUUGCUAUU